CUGAUUAACUAACAUAAAUCACCACAACUAGAAUUACAUCACUCCAGGCAAAGUUUUUAACUGGACUUCUGAAGUUAAUCUGAACAUCAGUGAAGCUGAAGAUCACUCUCACCUUCGUCCUCAUCGUCCUGAACUCAGUAUAGGAACGAUCUCAGAGAGUAGUGGACUGGAGCUUAUGGGAACACCAGAGGCAAAUGUCCAGACCAGAAUGAAGAUUCUUCUAAUUUUCACCCUCUACCUCUUCUCAGGUCCAGUGUACUGCUUUGAUGUGAUUGGCUACGCCGGAGGAAGCAUUAUAAUGACAUGCAGACACUUGGAAGUGGGAUCAAAAUUUGUUUGCAAAGGAAAACCAUCAUCUCAGUGUGAAAUUAUGGUGCACACUCAGACUCAAAAAUCUAACAAAUGGGUUCAGCAAAACAGACUUUAUUUGUAUGAAGAGUCCCGUAAAGAAUUCACAGUGCUCUACAGAAAUCUGAGUUCACAGGACGCUGGAUCAUAUCAGUGUGGAGAAACUGGAGUGUGGAGUAAUGAAAUGAACCUGAUAGUGAACUCAGAUCCUUGUUGUACAGGACCGAGGAUUAUAACUGCUGAUGUGGGAGAGACUGCCUCUAUCAGUUGUCCCUUUCCAAAGAUGUUUGAGACAAAUACCAAGUACUUCUACAAAAUGAAUGGUCCUGAUUAUACUCAACUAAUAGACACCACAAAGACUCAGAGAGACAGAUUCUCCAUCUCUGAGGACAGAAGCGCUGCAGUUCUCAGUGUGAGAAUCAGUGAUGUGAGUGAAGAUGAUGGAGGAGUUUAUUUCUGUGCAGUGCAAGUUCAAGGAGACUCAGUCCGUUAUUACUCCCUCUACACCGAGAUUCAGCUACAGGUCACUGAGUCUUCUGUCAACAUAAUCCUCAUCAUCACUGUGUGUGUCUGUGUGGCUUUACUGCUGAUUGGAGGAUCAACUCAGAUCUACUACAAACUGAGAGACAGUAAACACAAGUUGUUAUACAUGGACAUAAACAUAGUUCACACAUGUCACUCAAAAACACUGUAG